AUGUCUGACUCCGGGGUGCCCGGCCUCCGGCCCACCUUGCUGCUCGGCCUGCUGGCCGGCCUCCAACAGGCUGCAGCCCAAUGUGGGAUCAUCUUUAUGUGCCCUGAAGGAUUCACAUGCUGUGACAACCAAUGCUGCCCAAAGAUGGACAUCUUCUCUGGCCCCCUGAGGGUCUUCGUCAUCGCCUUCCUUGUCAGCAUCCCCUUCUUAUGCAUCUGUGGCUUGAUGAAGCGCUACUGUCGCAGCUGCAGAAAGCCAGAGCUGGACAUCCCAAUGGAUCAUGUGGGACCCCCAGAAAGGCCCUCCAUGGCCCCCCCAGAGAGGGUGGGGGUAUCCAUUCCUGAGCCCCCGCCCCCCUACAAUGAGGUUAUUCUGAAGCCUGUCCUGCUCCCCACAGAGCCACCCCCUCCCUACAGCUUCAGGCCCGAAGAACAUGCUGGAGCCCACAGGGGCAUCGACAACCCAGCCUUCUGAGCCACCUCCCGCCUGGAACCCACCG